GGUUGAAACAAAACUGCGUUCUCGAUUUUGGUGUCGUCCCAGUGUACCCGAAACGUUUGUACGAGAAUUUCUAUCGUUUUAAAUUCCCUUUUAUCCGGCUGACAAUUAUCAUACUUUCUUCUUUCUUCUCAUGAAUGAAGUCAUCGAUGAUAGGUCCGAUUGUGCAUACAUAUAUUGAAGAUGGAAAUCUCAUUAUCAAUGGCGAUUGCAGAAAGAACAUAAGAUCACAUCCGCUGGUUAUGCGAGCUAAAAUAUUUAUAAAUUCUGAUGUAAAAUACAAGAUGGAAACGGGGUCGCUAACUGAUCGCGCCUGGCUGGAGAGAGUCCAGAAAUCAGGCAGAAAGCGCGGUGGGUAGUCGGCGUUAUUGAGGUUGUCGAUGGAAAUGCAAAUGGCUGUCAUCAUGAUGUAGUCGGGUCUUAUUUUUCCUUGCCUUGAGACACAAACAAUCGCGAAAAUGUUGAAUACCCUUAGAAUACGAUAUUCGUAAUGGCGCUACGGAUGAAGGUUAAGCUUGCGGUUUUGUGUGCGUGAAUUAAAGGCGGGGUAAGUGUACAAAGUACGCGGGAAAAUCUUCCUCAUGGCUGGAUACACGCGCCUUCCAGUUAAACUCAUCCGGUAACUGAUCCGAAGAGUUUAUCAAACAAUAGAGAAUAAGUGGUAACAGCGAUAGUUAUGCCAGCUGUAAGUGUUUACGAUCCUGUUGCGGCAACACUCCGCCGUACUUUAGAAGGUAACCAAAGGAAAGGAACAGAGGAGCUAUCUACAAGUUUACUUGUUAGCGCAUCAAGAAUUCUUCAAGGAGAAGUUCAAUAUAAAGAAGUCGAUGAUUAUCAGGCAAAAAUUUUGGAUCAACUCAAAGCUAAAUAUAUUGUCUUGAGUUUACCAAAUUCAGAUAAUCUAGAAGAUACAAAAUCUAAAGAUGGUACAACGUAUGUAAAAAAAAACGAAGGUAUGAGUAAAGGUCCUACAUUGCCAGAACCAGCUGUUACUUUGUAUUGUUCCAAGAAAGUAAAUCUAGGAUGGAGAGGAACAUUUCCAGUAGGUGCUGGCAUGUAUAAUGUUGGUAAUACUUGCUAUUUAAAUAGUACACUUCAGGCAUUAUUUCAUGUGCCAGCACUUGUAAAUUGGUUAUUAUCGGAUUCACAUCAUACUUCAAAAUGUGAACAAAAUGUUUUAGAUGGAGGUGGAGAGUGCCUUACUUGCGCAGUGGCUAAGACUCUACAAUUCAGUCACCAGAAGUCAGGAUGCGCCAUCAAACCAUUCUAUAUAUAUAAUAAAUUAAAACUUAUCUGUCGAACUAUGGUACCAGGACAACAAGAAGAUGCUCAUGAGUUUUUACGUUAUUUAUUAGAAGGAAUGGAAAGAGCUUAUUUAACAAGACGCAAAGCAGGAAAGUUAGACAGUUAUUCUAAAGAAACAACACCUAUCAAUCAAAUAUUUGGUGGUUAUAUACGCACUGAAGUUAAGUGUUUACAAUGUGGUCAUGUUUCUACUACGUUUCAACAUUUUCAGGAUUUAUUGGUUGAUAUACGUAAAGCAAGCACAUUGGACGAAGCGUUAAAUAGUUAUUUCAGUCGAGAACAGUUGGACAAUAACGACUAUAAGUGUGAAGCUUGUAAAAGAAGAGUACCCGCGACUAAACAAUUUAGUUUAGAACGAGCUCCUAAGGUUUUGUGUGUUCAGUUAAAAAGAUUUAGUGUUUUGGGAGGGAAAAUAUCUCGUCAUAUAGAUUUUAGACAAACAAUAGAUAUGGGUCCUUACCUAUGGAGAGAACCAAACGAACCUUUGCUGCAGCUUACUUAUAAACUUAUGUCAAUUGUUACACAUAUGGGCCCGUCAGUAAAUUGUGGGCAUUAUACAGCAGUUGCACAAAUUUCAACUGGUCAAUAUUACUCCUUUGAUGAUUCAUGCGUUCGUCCAAUUAGUCUUAGCAACGUAUUAAAUACAAAUGCAUAUAUAAUGAUAUUUGAAAUGGAACCUAAUCAAGGUCAAAUAAAUAAUCAACAGGCAGUUAAGAUGAAUGGCAUGUCAUCUGAAAAAAGUGUAUUAUCCUCAAGUCCUUCUAGUAAAUCUGUAAAUCCAAAAGCAUCAACAUCUGACAUAUAUAAUGGAUCUGUUAACGGUUCGCCUAUCAAUAAAAGUGGUAUAGAAGGUUCAAAGAUAGGUGCUCAAUUAUCCAUACAAAAGAAUAUAGGACUUCAGCUUCCUCUACAGAAGUGUACAAGUAUCAGUGGAACACAAUUAUCACAAAAGUCACAAGACAAAUCUCAACCAUGGCUUGCAGUGCAGUUUAAAAAAGUAUUAAGUGGAAAUAGUUUAGUACCAUAUGAUGGAUCAAGUGAUGAAGAAGAGAUAAAUUCUUCUGUAUCAAACAAAAGUCGUGUAGUAACGAAUGUGUCUACAUUGAAAACAAAUCUUUCCCUUACUGUAGCUAAUGGUGCACAGAAGGCAUCAACAGUAAAAGACUCAAUACCUAAAACAGUUCCUACCUCAAAAGAAACACAAAUAUUAACAAUGAAACAGUCUAAUAAUUCAACGUCUUCAAGUCAAAGUAGUUCCGUUCAGUGUACGAAAGUACAGAAUGUUUCUAAUGGCAAUAGUUCAUUAACUGCCUUGAAACAUCAAAAUGGUAAAUCAGAAGUAAAUGGUAAGAUGGAAAAUAGUAGCAAGGAAAAGUCUUAUCAUCCAAUUAGAGUAAAACCAGGCCAGGAAGAGAAAGUACUUACCAAAGCUGCAAGUAGCAGUAUAAAGGGUUGGCAAGUAUCAAAGGAUGCAUUUUCUCCCAUAUCAAAUGCAACCCCAAAUGGAUGGUCUGUGACUGACAACAAAGAAGAUUCAACUAAAUGCAGUCAAAGCAAUAUAACGCCAAGUGCUGCAGCAUUGAGAGAUUUUAAUGGAACAAAUCGUUCGGACACUGUCUCAAAUUUAUUAAAAAUGUCCCAUCGUGGAUAUGGCAGUACCUUAGUAACAAAUUGGCGUGGCAAUAGAUGUCAUUUAGAACGUGAAGUUGAUAAUGACAGACGAGAAGAGCGUAAACGUCACAUUAAUGCGGACGAUGAGGAAGCAGAUCGAGGUCGAGUAAAAAAAGUUAAAGAACAUAGAAUGUUUGGCGAUAGAAUAAGUACCGGAUAUAAUUUAUUCCAAGAGUAUCAAAAUGGGAAAACUUGGAAUCGAUCAAUUAGCGGUUACCAUCGAGAAUCUUAUUAUAAUGCUUCCAAUAAUACGCGGCUACGACGUAAUAGUAAUUAUAGGCAUCCUCGUUAUAGAUACCACAAUAAUUCUCGCGUACAUUGGCAACGUGGAUAAAAGAAAACAAAAAA